AUGGAGCAUCUUUGUUUCAUCCCCACCGGGACCAACAGCAGCCAGACCAGGACCCAGUCAUUCUUUUUGGGUGGCUUUCCAGCAUGGGGAACCACUGGGGUGUGGUCUGCUGUUCCUCUCUGCUCAACGUACCUCCUAGCACUGCUGGGGAACCUGACUGUCCUUUCCAUUGUCAGGGCAGAGCAGAGCCUCCACGCACCCAUGUAUCUACUCCUUGCUAUGCUGGCUGUGGCUGACCUGGGCUUGUCCACAUCCACCUUCCCGACCAUGCUGAGGAUGCUGUGGCAGGAGGCCAGGGAAAUCAGCUUUGGCACCUGCCUUACCCAGAUGUUCUUCAUUCACUCCUUCACGGACAUCGAAUCUGCUGUCAUCCUGGCAAUGGCCUUCGAUCGCUACGUGGCCAUCUGCCACCCCCUGCGAUAUUCCUCCAUCCUCACCAACUCGGUGACCACCAAGAUCUGCGUGGCAAUCGUGGUGAGGACCGUCCUUGUCCAGUUCCCACUCCCAAUCCUGCUGACUCGGCUGUGUUUCACCAGGGUCAGUGAGCUCUCCCAUCCCUACUGCUUGCACCCAGACAUCAUCAAACACGCGGGCUCCGACACGAGGAUUAACAGUGCUUAUGGACUUUUUGUGCUGCUCUCCACGCUGGGUUUGGACUUGCUCUUUGUCCUCCUGUCCUACCUCCUCAUCCUUAAGACCAUCCUGAACUUUGCCACUUGGAGGGAGCGUCUCAAAGCCCUCAACACUUGCAUCUCACAUAUCUGUGCCGUCCUCCUCUUCUUUGUCCCCAUGAUCUGCCUGUCCAUGAUGCACCGUUUUGGCAAACACGUGUCCCCCCAGGCCUAUGUUUUCACGGCCAACCUCCAUUUCCUUGCCCCACCCAUCCUGAAUCCCAUCGUUUACAGCGUGAAAACCAAACCCAUCCGGAGACGGAUACUGAGGACGCUCUGCCAAAGAGGGGUCCCCAAGUCCAGGGUUGCCAUUUGGCAGUAAAGCCAAUAUGAUGGUCACUGCUGACUGUCUUACGCACGGUUCAAUCCCAAGAAGACCAGCCAGGAGAGGGGAACAUGCCAAACUUCUGUCUAUAUGGCAAGUAGGGAUAUAAGGAAGGUAAAAGGUGGAUGGAAGAAAGGAUAUGUAGACACCUGCAAUGCAAGAACCACGAUUUUAAGAAUGUCUGGUUAAUGGCUUUUCAACAUAUAAACAGAGGCCAAAGACAGGAAAAAUAACAAAUCAUAACAUAUCAUGCUGAAAUACACAAACCCAAGACCCCAGGAGAUAACUAACACAGACCACAGGCAACGUCAGUGACUGAGGGGUGGCUGGAGGAUCCAGGAGGAAAGAGGUUCAAGCAGAACUGCUGAGAAGGGAGAAUGAAGUUAUGGGUUCCCUGGAAAGAGCAGACUUCGUGCUGGAUAUUCGGUGGCCCUUGUGUAAAAAUUUAUAUGGGGUGAUUUCAGGGGCUUGUGGGAAUGUGUAAAAUGUAUUAUGAGAUGUUUAGAAGAUGGACUGAAGGCAAGAGAAAGGAGGGAUCCAGGUGUAUCGGGAAGGACCCAGGUUGAGAAAAUGGAGGGAGGCUGGUGAAGGGGCUGAUAGAGUGUAAAUAAGUUGCUGGACAAUGUGUUCUCCAGGUCAAGUGCCCAAUCAGCCCAACUUCUCAGCUCAUUAAACUCACUUCUGGCUCUUUUC